GUUGUGGAACCAUAAUUUGUGAAUCAGAGUGCUUUGUGUGUGUGUUUUUGUUUUUUUUUUGGACAGACAGCCAUUUACGAUUCCAAAUGAUUAAGGCAGAUAGGAAGCCCCUUCUGAGAGUUUAACAAAGCUCUCAACAAGCUGCACCAUGGACACAAAGCUGGACCCUUCUCGCGAUGACCUGCCUCUCAUGGCCAACACCAGCCACAUACUUGUGAAACACUAUGUUCUGGAUUUAGAUGUGGAUUUUGAAAGUCAAAUCAUCGAUGGCACCUUAGUGCUUUUCUUAGAGUCUGGAAACAGAUCCAGGAAAAAGAGUGGUUCCACUGAGGAAGCCUGCCGAUCAGAGUCCAGUGAAGCCUGCAGAUGUAGGAAGCCGGAACCCUGCCAUGCUCCUGUGGCAGAUACAAGGACCUCCUUGUCUAAAAUGGGAUAUAGUGAUUUUGCAAUUUGUGGUAAAGGUGAAAGAGAUACUUCUGGUAAAGAUGGUAACCAUGACAACCAGGAACAGACUUAUGGGAUUUCUAGCUCGAAGCACUGCUGUGACACAGGGAAUCAUGGGAGUGAGGAUUUUUUGCUAGUGUUGGACUGCUGUGAUUUAUCUGUGUUAAAGGUUGAGGAGGUGGAUGUUGCUGCUGUGCCAGGUAUUGAAAAAUUUACAAGGUCUCCCAAGCUCACGGUUGUUUCUGAGCUCAGGAAUCAGAUUGUUCGUGAACUUGUGACUCUGCCUGCCGAUCGUUGGAGGGAGCAGUUAGACUAUUAUGCUCGGUGCAGCCAGGCUCCUGGCUGUGGGGAACUCCUGUUUGACACUGACACUUGGAGCUUACAGAUCAGGAAGACAGGGGCUCAGACAGCUACUGAUUUUCCUCACGCCAUACGGAUACGGUACAGAACCAAACCCCAGGGGCGAUCAGUUACCUGGACCUCAGACCAGAGUGGCAGGCCAUGUGUUUAUACCAUGGGAUCCCCCAUAAACAACAGGGCCUUCUUUCCGUGCCAGGAGCCCCCCGUUGCCAUGUCAACAUGGCAGGCCACAGUCCGAGCAGCUGCAUCUUUUGUUGUCUUAAUGAGUGGGGAAAAUUCUGCCAAGCCAACACAGCUUCGGGAAGGGUGCUCAAGCUGGCAUUACUACGUAACCAUGCCAAUGCCAGCAUCUACCUUCACAAUUGCAGUGGGAUCCUGGACAGAAGUGAAGCCAGAGACCUGCUCACUACGUGACCUGGCAGCAAAGCGGACCCUCUCGCCGCCCGAGGCUGACUUCAGGUGUGUUGGCGUCUGUGGCCACGUGGCAUACCCCUGCCGCUUCCAGAACCCUUCUGCCACAACCCAGGAGGUCAUUCCUCAUCGGGCCUUCGCCCCCGUGAGCCUCACAGGUGCCUGCCAGGAGACCCUUCUGCAGCUGCUGUCUCCUUGCCUCUCAGCAGCACACUCUGUGCUGGGGACACACCCAUUCUCCCGGCUGGAUGUACUCAUCGUUCCUGCCAACUUUCCAAGCCUGGGGAUGGCCAGCCCACACCUCGUCUUCCUCUCUCAGAGCGCCCUGACCGGGGGGCGCCACCUCUGCGGGACCCGGCUCUGCCAUGAAAUUGCUCACGCCUGGUUUGGCCUGGCCAUCGGGGCCCGCGACUGGACGGAGGAGUGGCUGAGCGAAGGGUUUGCCACUCACUUGGAAGAUGUGUUCUGGGCCAAAGCACAGCAGCUGGCCCCCCACGAGGCCCAGGAGCAGCAGGAGCUGCGGGCAAGCCUGCGCUGGCGGCGCCUCCAGGACGAGCUGCGGAACUCCCCGGAGCAGCUGCAGGUGCUGAGACCCAACAAAGAGAAAACUGGCCAUGUGAGUGACUCAGGAUCAUCUGUCAUCAAGCAUGGGCUCAAUCCGGAGAAGGUCUUCAUGCAGGUGCAUUAUUUAAAGGGCUAUUUUCUUCUCCGGUUCCUUGCCAAAAGACUUGGAGAUGACACCUAUUUUUCCUUUUUAAGAAAAUUUGUGCACACAUUUCAUGGGCAGCUGAUUCUUUCCCAGGAUUUCCUUCAAAUGCUGUUGGAGAACAUCCCAGAAGAAAAAAGGCUGGGUUUGUCUGUGGAAAGCAUCUUCCGAGACUGGCUGGAGCGCCCGGGACUGCCACAGCCUCAGCGCCAGGCCGGGGCGGAGAGCGGGCUCGCGCGGCAGGUGGGCGCCGAGGUCGCGAAAUGGACUCGAGUGAACCGGAGACCCCGAAAACGGAAACGAAGAGGGAGCGGAGAAGUGUUUGAAAAGCUCCUUCCAGAUCAGCUGGUCUUACUUCUGGAGCAUCUGUUGGAGCAGAAGACCCUGAACCCCAGAACUCUGCGGAGCCUCGAAAGGACAUACUGCCUCUCCCAGCAGGAUGCAGAGGAGAGUGAGCAGGUGAGCCACACUGGACCAUCACAGACGCCCCAGACAAAACACUUGCUGGAAAUACCGUCUGUCCGGCUGCCUUCCCGCUCCUGGCCCCCCGGCAGGCUUCUCUUACCAGCAGUCCGCCAUCGGUGGUGUGAGCUCAUUGUGAAGCACAAGUACACGAGAGCGUACAAAACCGUGGAGGAGUUCCUGCAGGAGGACCAGGCGAUGGGCAUCUACCUCUACGGGGAGCUGAUGGUGAGCGAGGACGCCAGGCAGCAGCAGCUCGCCCGCCGCUGCUUCCAGCUGACCAAGGAGCAGAUGGACAGGUGCUCAGCCCAGGUGGUGGCCGAGAUGUUGUUUUAAAGAGGAAAGAUCACAGUGAGAUGCUUUCUCAGAAGCUCCUAGUAGCCCUGGUGGGACCAGGAUGGCAUUGACCCCGGACAUGAGAGGAAGGUGACAGGGCUGCUGGGCCGUGAGCAACAUGGGUCCACGUCUGGAGCUCCUUCCCGCGGCUGCUCGCAGCAGGGCACACGUGAAAGGCCCAUCCUCCGGGUCACCUCGUCCCCAUCCCGAAUGUGCCGCCUCGACACACUGAACCCGCCAGGGUCAGAGCAGAAGGCAGUUCUCAUGAGCCACCGAAGAACCUGCGGCCACGGAAGACCUGCAGACACUGCGGGUCCCCCAUCCGCGGCUGGCGCUGCAUGGGCUGCUCCGGCUCGUUUCAGAGAGACGCUGCAGAAUUGUUUUGGCUGAUAGUUCUGUUAUUUACAUACUUGCCAAGAUUUUAGUGCCAUUUGGUAAAAGUAUGGGAUAAGAAUCUAAGAUGUAUUUAAUAAUAAAAUGUAAUAGAUUAA